AUGUGUUGGUGGUGUGACGUGAGAGGAUCAGCUCCUGGCACUCGAGAAACGGACUUAUUGAAUCCUAUUAAUGAAGUGGAUCGUGUUAAUGCAAUUGUCGUGUGGGGUGGGAGCACUUUUGGUCUUAAUGCAGCAACUGGUGCAGUUCGCUAUUUGGUGAGUACUGGCACUGGUGCAACGGUUCAAAAAUUUGUGGGAAUGAAAUUUGCAAUGAAAUCUGAAUUAGGUACAACAUCGCUGAGUCUGACUGAUAAGAAAACAAGUAAAACGUUGACAGUGGCUGCCCUUGUUGCUGUAAAUGCUUUAGGUGAUAUUUUCAAUUCUACUAAUAGACAGAUCAUAGCUGGUACCAGAACAUCUGAUGGUAAGCAUUUACUUAAUAUUGUUCAAGCUGUAAUUGACAAUCAAUUACCAUUAUGUGACGUAUUUAAUUGUGAUGAUCCAGCAACAACACUAGCGACGGGAAAAGUAGAUGUUAGUGAUGUGACAUUAAUUGGGACAUUAGCAGCACCUGUGAUGGAACGGGCAAUCAUACGUGCUGUGAUUAUGGCAGGUGCAAUCCCAGGCUUACCAGGUGCUAAUGAUCUAAGUAGAGAGAGAAUCAUGACGUCAUUGAAACUACAAUUAAAUAAAUUAGCCGACGCUCACACUCAAUGGCGAUUAUCAGAAACAGAUUCACAGAAACGAGCAUCCUUUCUAUAUGAUCCAAAAGUAGCAUCAACACUUGAUCGUGAAACCGUUUAUUGUUUAGGUGUAAAUGGUUUCGAAGAAUUAUGUUUAAUUGAUUCAUGUUUUGAGGAAUUCGGACGAGUAUUAUUUAGUGACACCAGUUUGACAUUUGAACGUAGUAUUCAAACUAAGGAAGUGAAUGAUUCACUAAAUCAAACAAUAAAACGUUUUUUGAUAAGAUUAUCGCCAUAUUUUCUAUUAAAACCAGCUCACAAAGCAUUAGAAUGGCUUGUGCAUAGAUUCUAUAUUCAUUUUUAUAAUGUUGAUGAUUUGAUUCGAUGUAUUUUACCUUAUCAUGAACACAAUUAUUUUGUGCGUGCAAUUCAAAUGUUGAGAUUUAAUAGUAAACAUACAACGAUGUGGUCAUGGCUUUCAUUGGCGCAGAAAGCUGGUACAACGAUACCUGGCAUUGUUUUGGCAAAUCGAUGUGCAACAGAUUUUGGUUUUCUAAAUUUCGUUUGUGAAAUGAUAUCGAUGGCAGUCAAAGAUUUUGGUCCAAAUCAUUCGUCUCUUCGGGUUAUGAUCAGUUUUUAUUUGAAAACAUUAUGCUCAACUAUCAUUCAUAAUAUGAGUGUAAAUCGGAAAAAGAAUGAUAUCGAUGAAAAUUUUAUCUCUAAUCUAAUGCCAUAUGUAUUAAAAGGUUUAAAAUCAAAGUGUCUAUUGUUAAAACGCGCUACGUAUUUAGUACUAUCUCAUUUAUCGGAAACAUUCACAUUUCAACAAGAUGUUAUCGAGGAUAUAUUAAAAGUAUUAGCAAAGGGCUAUUCUGCUACCAUUGUCAAGGAAGGAGUUUUAGUGACCGCCGUUUUACUUAAUAAACAAAAUUAUCGUUCUUUACCAGAAAGGUGUUUUAAAAAGUUGUGUCGAUUACCAAAUUUACUUGUGGAAAUUUCUCAAUUGACCACUGAAGUUGUUAUUGAUGACUUACUCGUUGCAUUUUCUGAAAAGUUGAUUUUGUUCGCAAUUAAUAACGAUAUAAAUGAUGAUACGAUGGAAUUAGAUAAUACAUCUGACAGUGGCAGUAGUACUGAUAUGCAUGAAAAUAUUUCAUACGCAAAACUAUUAGAAACUGCUAUAACCGAUAUUAAAUUAAAUUCGAAUGUUUUGAAGAUAAUUAUUGAACGUUUUAUUGAACAUUACGAUGAAAAACAAAGUUAUUUAAUUUCUUUAGCAUCUAUUCUAGAAAGGAAAUAUCCCGUUGAAUUUGAUUCUAUCAUUCGAUUAUUGGUCGAACAGUGUUUAACGGAUAAAGAGCGAAAACGUAUUGGCCAUUUUUCAUCGAUGACUGUCACUGGUUUUAAACAUCAACCGUUAUCGGAUCGUGGUUCAUUAAUUGUCUGCUUGAAUCAUUCUCAGACACAUUUACGUAUUGAAGCAUUACAGCGUCUACAAGAAGGAGUUAAAAUGAAACAAAUUAUGGAAAAAGAAUUUUUGAAUGAUGUUUUAUGUUCCCGAUUGAACGAUGAUGAACCAAUGGUUGUUAUAGAAGCAGUUAACUUAUUACGUGACUUAAGCACCGCAACAAACUUAGCAUCAAUAACAGUUGGUAAUCAAUUGAUUAAUGAUAUCCUUCAACGUAAUUUACAACUAGAAGAUGAACCGGAAAAGAACUGGCUUCCAGUGCAACAAGAAAUUGUUCGUUUACUCGCUGAUAGUUCAUUAUCUGUCACGGGAUCUAACGUAGUGUUUCAAUUUUUCCAUUUGUUUUUUCCAACAACACAAUCACAAUUUAAAUUACUGAAAACAGUACUUGAUAAACUUAAAAAAACAGAAGAUAAUCAACCAUCAGUACUGAAUAUCAUUGAAAAAUGUUUCAAACAUGUAAAAUCUGUAAAAGAUCUCAACAACGAGUUUUAUACUUCGUUUAUUGAUACAUUGGCAAAAAGUGAAUUUGUCUUUAAAAUAAUAGAACAGCAUGACAAUAUUCUUCGCGUUGUUGACAAUAAUCGAAAAAACAAGAUUAAGUAUCAUGUUAUCUAUAUUUCAUUAGCUAUUGAAGCAAUUCGUACCCAUUUAAAGGAACAUCAAACGUUGAAUAUGAAACACAUUGAAUUAGCAUCAGUGACAACAUUUAAAUUAUUGAAAAAAUUACAUGAAGAAGUUACGGUUACCGACGAAAGGAAUAUUCAACUUGAAACAAAAAUAGAUUUGAAUGUGAUCGUACAACAACAGUUUGAAAAAUCUUCUUUAUCAUCUAUGUCCUACACUUUGUUAUGGGAUCAUUUUAUCAAAGUUUUACCUAAAGAUCUUUGGUUUUCAAAUUCAUUUUGGAAUGAGUUUUUUGAUAAAUGUCUUCGCUGGUUAUGUUCAAAUACAAAAAAAUUUUCGUUAUCAAACGUACUCAGUUCAUUGUGUCAUGAACAAUUUGUUUCGGUUGAUAAAUUUUUUCUAUUUUUUAAUCAACAUUAUUUAUUUGAUAAAUUAGCCCAGGAAAAAGAUAAUGAUUUUAUUUAUGAUAUGAACUGCAUAACAAGUACAAUUGAACAAGAACAUUUAUUAAAUUAUUUAUGCACACAGAUGAAGAAUAAGAAACAAAAUGGUUCAUUUUCAAAUAAUUCUAUUCUGACAUUAUUCAUCCUUCUUUGUUCCGAUAAUCGUCAGAUACGUUCACUUAUUUUGACAAUAUUAAAAUCAUUGAAUGAUGAACAAACAGCUGACAAUGAGACAUUUUUCUCUGGAUUUCUCACUACAGUUAAAGGACAUUCAAAUGAAAUAGUUGUUGAUCAAACGUAUAUACGAAAAUUGAUAUCUCAAACAAUUUUAACAGAAUUAACAACGUCUAAAAAAUCAAAAAAACGUAAACAUGAUACAGAAACAAUUAUAAAAGUAUUAAAAACAACAAUUGACAAUGAAAUUCAAGAUAAUUCUAUACGAAAAAUACUUUACAUUUGUUUACUAUUAUUAUUGAAUGAUUGUAAACAUUGGUCGAUAUUUGAACAAUUUCAUCAAUAUCUUGAUGAAUUUAUUGUGAAUGAAGAUGAACGACUAUUAUCAUUGACUGAUCGAUAUCUUCUAACAUUUAUAAUUAAACAUAUUAAUAUAGAAACAUUCGAAUAUGAACUAACAUCAAAUAUUUGUUUUGAAACUGUUAUUAAAAUUUUACAACAACAACAAUCAAAGAAAAAAUUGAAAAAACAGGCAACAUUAGAAAUUGGUGUUAUUCUUUUGAAACAGUUAAAUGAAGCUAUUUUUAACUCAUUAUCAAAAAAUUUUAAUCAACAAAUGCAAUUAAUUGAAGAAUGUUUUCUAAUUUGGCAACGUUCAAAAAAAAUCAUAUUAAUUACCGAAGUUAAAGCAACACUAUUGAAAUUUCAUUUUGAUGCUAAACAUUUGAAAACCUUUUGGCAAAAUAUAUUCGAUUCAAUUUGUUUAGAUGAUUCUUUCAACAGUACAUCAUUAACAAAAAAAUUAUCGAAUAAAAAAUUAAUAUCAUCAAAUGAUAAAAAUGAAACAAUAAAGGAAAAUGGUUCGAUAAUUAAAAUAAAUUGGAAAAAGUUAAUACCAUCAUUAGAACUUCUUCAUAUCGAUAAUUUUCAUGUGCAAAAUCGACAUGAAUUAAUUCGACCAUUAUUCACAAUUUUAGAAAAAUCAAUUAAUGAAGAUAAUUCGGAACAGAACACUUAUAUUCGUCAGUUGUGUACUACUGGACUUCUCGAUGUUUAUAAUCGACUCCAACCAAAUAAAUAUAAUCAAGAUUCAUUUCAAAGUGAAAUGAUUAUUGAAUGUAUGAAACGUGCUAAUGAUUUACAUACCACUCAACAAUGUCUACUAUUAUUAUCAAAAGCAGCUGAACUAUUUCCUGAAAAAUUGAUUAAUAUGAUUAUGGCCAUGUUUGCAUUUGUUGGUGAUCGUCUUGUACGCAAAGAUGAUCUUUAUAGUUAUCAAGUUAUGGAAAAAACGAUAAAAACAGUUAUACCAUCAUUAUACAAAGAGAAAAAUGCUCAACAAAGAACACAAAUAUUGGCAAAAAUAUCCUAUGUCUUUGUUACAUCGUUAGCACAUUUACCUGCCCAUCGUCGACAAGAUAUAUUUCGUUUAUUAAUGGAAUCUGUUGGACAAGAUGAAUGUUUAUGGUUUGCACCGAUACAAUUAUUUGAUUCGGUUUUAUUAUCGCCGUUAAAUAAGAAGAAUGAAGAUGUAUUAAAAAAAAGUUUAAUUGAUGCCAGUGAGCAAAUGUUAGCCAGUUUUGUUCAAUUUAAUGUGACUACUAUCAUAAUUGCACUUACGAAUAUUUUACGUGUUGUGCUAGAAUUACCUGAUCAAGCAGCCAAAAAUAAUUCUACACCAUUGUUCAUGUCACAUUUGAUGGAUAUUCGUUCUUACACGACGAAACACAUUCAUGUUUUGAAAUAUCAAUUGAUUACAUUUGUGAGCAAUGUUUUAGUUGAUGAUUAUUUUAUUCAACUAAUAAAAGAAUCAGAGAAACUUCGUAAAGAGAAUAUUAUUGAUCAUAUAAAUACGUUAAUUGAAUGUAUUCUACGUUGUGUUUUAUGGGCUAAUAAAUUAGCGGAUACAACGAGUGCUACGGAUGAUAUUCAAAGCAAUAAAUACAAUAAAAGUGUUGUAGGAAAAACAUUUGAUUGUUUUAAUAAAGCUAUAUCAUUAUUAAAUGGAACAAUGUUUGUUCAAGUUAUUCAAAAUUUAUUACAACAUCAAAAUGAGAAAAUUCAACGUAAAGCGAUCGACAUGAUGAAUAACAGAUUUAGAGACGAACAAGUAUUGGAAAAAGAGGUUGUUUUAUUCUUACCACAUAUUGAUAUUUUACUUGAUAUUGCAUCAAAAUACAAUACACACGAUCAAGAACAAACAGCACAAACAGCUUUGUUUGCCAUUAAAUUACUUGCUAAACGACUUGCUGAAAAACAUCCAACACAAUUCUUACCAAUAAUUCAUCAAUGUACGUACAUUGAUGAAUUAUCUAGUCAAAGACGUGGUUUAUUGCGCGGUGAUAUUUAUAAUUCGAUUCCGGACUCGGAUGAAUUUAAUUUAGAUCCACUAUUUGAUACAUUAGAAGAUUUAACGGAAGAAUAUUCAAAUAAUGGUACACUAUCUCAAACAUAUUCACCGUAUCCACUACCACAAUCUAGACGACUUUCAGCAGGUACAGCAGCUGGUCGAAAACAUUCUCGUCAACCUAAUGCUACUACUACAUCGGCUUCUACAACUCCAUCGACAUCUACUCGUGGUCGUAAACGUCUUCAAGGUACAUCGUCGACAACAAAACGUAAACGUAAUAGUACAACGCGUACACCAUCGACAAAUAUAAACAAUUUCUAUUUGGGUGAUUCAUCAUCUCAUCUUAUGUUACCACCAUCGGAUAGUGAUGAAUCAUCUGGUUCUUAUCUACAAACUUCUCUAUCAGCAACACAAGAUUAUUUUAAUACAAAUUCAAAUUCGAUUGAACAACAACAUCAACAACAACAUCAAUUGUUAUUCGAAGAUGAUUUUGAUCAGGCAGCUAAUGUUCUAACAACUAAUCCUGGCAAUCACCAUCAUGGUUCAUCAUCUGGUCAAGUAGAUGAACGUCGUUAUUGUUUUUGUAAUGAAAUGUCGUACGGUGAAAUGAUUGCCUGUGAUAAUCCUAUGUGUGCAAGAGAAUGGUUUCAUUAUCCCUGUGUCAAUAUUCAAGUGGCUCCGAAAGGAAAAUGGUAUUGUUCAGAAUGUCUGAAACAAGCAGCAACUGUUAGUGGAAAAGGACUAUUAUCAUCAACAAAUAAACGAGCAUCAACAUCAUCAAAUAGUCAAAAUAUAUUAUUACCAUUAACUUAA